AUGUCCGAACCAGGACCAGAAUCGAUCCCUACAAGCGCCGACCCGCGCAGCAAGCGGCCGACAAAGCGCCGCGCCGUAACGCCACACUCAGAGCACGCGAGCCAAAUCGAAACACUCUUCAAAGACCCAAGCAAAGACCUGCAACUACCGAAUCCCUCAACAUCGCGUACAUCAGGCUCGCUAGCGCCGCCACCGGAGAUUGUCGCCAAUGUGCAGGGUUCGUCGGCCGGCGCGGGAUCCGGCGAGUUCCACGUAUACAAGGCCAGUCGGCGGCGCGAGUAUGAGCGGCUGCGGAUGAUGCAGUCGGAGGUUGAUAAGGAGAAGGACAAUGAGAGUUGGGAGAAGGAGCGGGAGGAGGCCAAGCGCAAGGAUGAUGAGAAGACGGAGAAGAAUCGGCGCAGGAGGGAGAAGAGGAAGAAUGUGAAGGGGAAGAAGGGUGGUGCUGCGCAAAAGGGUGAUUCUGCUGUGACGGGGUUAGCUGCCCCGGAUAUGGAUACCAGUGCUGAUGGGAUUAAGGGCGCCGAGGGUGCUGUGUCGCAGGAGGUUGCUGGUGUUAUUAUUCAUGAUGAUGACUAG